AUGUUUCAUGUGUACUUUUAAAGAAUACCUAUUCCACUGUUUUCGAGUGGAAUGUUCUGUCUAUAUCUCUUAGAUCUGGUUGCUUUAGAGUGUCAUCUAUAUCUUCUGUUUCCAUGUUUAUAUUCUGCCCAGUUGUCCUAACCAUAUUGAAAAUGGGUUAUUACAGUUUGCAAUCAGUAUCGUAGACUUGUGUAUUUUUUGUUUUAAUUCUGUCAGUUUUUGCUAUGCAUACUUUGAGGCUCUGUAACAUAUGCUUAGAAUUGUUAUGUCUCCUUUAUCGAUUGACCCUUUUAUUGUUAUAUUGAUAAAAUUCCCCUUUUUAUCAUUAGUAAAAUUUUUGUAUUAAAGUGUAUUUUGUGUGAUAUUAGGAUAGCUACUCCAGCCUUAUAGGUGCCAUGUGCCUGAUACAUCUUUUUCUGUUUUCAAAUUUUCAACCUGUUUGUAUCUAUCUCUUAUAGACAGCACAUGUUUGGACUUUCACACUUUCGACAACCUGAGAAUUGUUGCUUUUUGAUUGGAUUUUCAAAUCAUUCCCUUUUUCCUGUUGUUAUUGCUAUACAGAUGGUUCCUGACUUACAAUGGUUUGACUUAUGAUUUUUUAGCUUUUCAAUGGGUUUAUUGGGUUGAAACCCCUUUGUAUUUUCAGGAUUUACAAAGGUUCAACUUAACUAUUUUUUCUGACUUUACUAGAAUGUGUUCCCAUUUUAACUGGGAAAACAGUAUUUUCAACUAAUUUGACUAUUUUCAGGAUGUAACUUGAUCAUAAGUCAAGGAGCAUCUGUAGUUGGAUUGACCUCUGCCAUUUUUGUUUUCGGUCUCAUGCUUUUUUGAUACUUUAUUCCUUUUAUUUCUGCUUUCUUUUGCAUGACAUGAAUAUAUUUUAUUUUAUUAUUUUUAUAGGUUUCGAGGGUACAAGUGCAGUUUUGUUACCCAGACAUAUCCGAUAGAGGCGAAGUCUGGGCUUUUAGUGUGGUCAUCAGCAGAAUAGUAUACAUUGCACCCAUCAAGUAAUUUCUUAUCCUUCACCCUCCUCCCCACCCCUCCAAGUCUCUGGUGUCUCUCAUUCCACUCUCUAUGUUUAUGUGUACACAACAUGAAAUGAAUAUAGUUUAGUAUAACGUUUUAAUUUUUAAAAUUACUAUGUCUCUUUGAAAAUUUAUUUACCUAGUGGUUGCUCUAGAACUUACCCAAUAAAUCUUACCUUAUCAAAAUCUACUUCAGAUUUCUACUACCUUAACUCUAGUAAAAUACAGAAACAUUACUUAUAUAUAGCUCUAUUUCCUCUUCUCCAUUUGCUAUUUUUAAAUAUAUUACAUAUAUAUUUAAAACCCAACAAUAUAUUGUUAUACAGGCUGAGCAUCCCAAAUCCAAAAAUCUCAAAUGCUCCAAAAUCUGAAACUGAGUGCCAACAUGCUCAACAUGCUCAAAGGAAAUGCUUGUUGGAGCACUUCAGGUUUUAGAUUUCUGGAUUUGGGAAGCUCAACCAGUAAGUAUAAUGUAAAUAUUCCAGAAUUUGGAAAAAAAUCUAAAGUCAGAAACACUUUUGAUGCCAAGCAUUUCAGAUAAGGGAUACUCUGUAAUUGUUACUUUAUGUCAUUUGAUGUCUUUUUUUUUUUUUUUUUACUUUAAGUUCUGUGAUACAUGUGCAGAAUGUGGACCUUUUUACAUAGGUAUAUGUGUUCCAUGGUGAUUGACCCAUCCUCUUAAGUUUCCUCCCCUCGCCCCCAACCCCUCAACAGGCCCCAGUGUGUGUUGUUCCCCUCCCUGUGUUGAUGUCUUUUAAAGAAGCUGAAAGAAAGAUAGGAAGUAUCUAUUCGUAGAGUUUGUUAUACUAACCUUCUUAUUCAUCAUUUCUGCUUUAAUUCAUUUGUUUGUGUGGAUUCAGAGUUACCAUCUAGUGUAAUUUCCUUACUCCAGUACAGAUUUGUUCCUCUUUUUUUUACCCCUGAGAUGGAGUCUCGCUUUGUCGCCCAGGCUGGAGUGCAGUGGCAUGAUCUGGGCUCACUGUAACCCCUGUCUCCUGGGUUCAAGUGAUUCUCCUGUCUCAGCCUCCCGAGUACCUGGGAUUACAGGCAUGCGCCACCACACCCAGCUGAUUUUUGUUUUUAGUAGAGACGGAGUUUCACUGUGUUAGUCAGGCUGGUCACGAACUCCUGACCACAGAUGAUCUGCCCGCCUUGACCUCCCAAAGUGUUAGGAUUACAGGCGUGAGCCACCACACCCAGCCACUUUGCUUAUUUUUUUGAUUUAUUCUUUUUUUUUUUUUUUUGCUUUCGUAUUUGUUUCCUUGUUUAUCGAUAUAUUUAUUUUUUUUUUUGAAACAGGGUCUCUCUGAGUCCUUGAGGCUGGAGUGCAGUGGUAGGAUCGCAGCCCACUGCAGACUCAACCUCCGGGACUCAACAAUAAUCCCACCUCAGCCUCCUGAGUAGCUGAGACUAUAGAAGUCUGGACAGCUGAUCACCUGAAAGAGAGGAGCCAAGAAAACCAAUCUAAACAUUUGUGGGAAGUUGUAUUCAUCAAUAAUGAAAUGCUGACUAAGGAACAAGGUAAUGUAAUAGGAAUACCAUUUAGCAUGGACGUAAGUUCUUUUCCUUCCAGAAAAAUGUUCUGUCAGUGUGACUCAUGUGGAAUGAGUUUUAACACUGUUUCACAAUUGGUUAUCAGUAAGAUAAACUAUUUAGGAGAAAAGUCUGAUGAAUUUAAUGCCCGUGGGAAAUUGUUAUUCAAUAUUAAGCAUGAUGAAACUCAUACUCGAGAGAAAAAUGAAGUUUUGAAAAAUAGGAAAACUCUGAGUCAUCAUGAGAACACUUUGCAGCAUGAGAAGAUUCAAACUUUAGAGCACAAUUUUGAAUACAAUAUAUGUCAGGAAACCCUCCUUGAAAAGGCAGUAUUCAAUACAUGGAAGAGAGAGAACACAGAAGAGAAUAACUGUGAAUAUAAUGAAUUUGGGAGAACUUUGUGUGAUAGUUCAUCCCUCUUGUUCCAUCAGAUACCUCCGUCAAAGGACAGUCACUAUGAAUUUAGUGAUUGUGAGAAGUUCUUAUGUGUGAAGUCCACCCUUUCUAAACAUCAUGGGGUACCUAUGAAACACUGUGAUUGUGGUGAAAGUGGGAAUAAUUUCAGGAGGAAAUUGUGUCUGUCACAGCUUCAGAAAGGUGAUAAAGGAGAGAAACACUUUGAAUGUAAUGAAUGUGGGAAAGCUUUCUGGGAGAAGUCACAUCUCACUCGACAUCAGAGGGUGCACACAGGAGAGAAACGCUUUCAAUGUAAUGUAUGUGGAAAAACUUUCUGGGAGAAGUCAAACCUCACUAAACAUCAGAGAUCACACACAGGGGAGAAACCUUUUGAAUGCAAUGAAUGUAGGAAAGCCUUUAGCCAUAAGUCAGCCCUCACAUUACACCAGAGAACACAUACAGGGGAGAAACCGUAUCAGUGUAAUGCGUGUGGGAAAACUUUUUACCAGAAAUCUGACCUCACUAAACAUCAGAGAACACACACAGGGCUGAAACCCUAUGAAUGUUAUGAAUGUGGAAAAUCCUUCUGUAUGAAUUCACACCUUACAGUACACCAGAGAACUCACACAGGUGAGAAACCUUUUGAGUGUCUUCAGUGUGGGAAAUCCUUUUGUCAAAAGUCACAUCUUACACAGCAUCAGAGAACUCACAUAGGAGAUAAACCUUAUGAAUGUAAUGCAUGUGGGAAAACUUUCUACCACAAGUCAGUACUCAACAGGCAUCAGAUAAUUCAUACAGGGUUGAAACCUUAUGAAUGUUAUGAAUGUGGGAAAACCUUCUGCUUGAAGUCAGACCUCACAGUACAUCAGAGAACGCACACAGGGGAGAAACCCUUUGCAUGUCCUGAAUGUGGGAAAUUCUUUAGCCAUAAGUCAACCCUCUCUCAACAUUAUAGAACACACACAGGGGAGAAACCCUACGAAUGUCAUGAAUGUGGAAAAAUCUUUUACAAUAAAUCAUACCUAACUAAACAUGAUAGAACACAUACAGGGGAGAAACCCUAUGAAUGUAAUGAAUGUGGAAAAACCUUCUGCCAGAAGUCACAACUCACUCAGCAUCAGAGAAUUCACAUAGGGGAGAAACCCUAUGAAUGUAAUGAGUGUGGAAAAGCUUUCUGCCAUAAGUCAGCUCUAAUUGUACAUCAGAGAACCCAUACACAAGAAAAGCCCUAUAAAUGUAAUGAAUGUGGAAAAUCUUUCUGUGUGAAGUCAGGACUUAUUUUACAUGAGAGAAAGCACACGGGGGAGAAACCCUAUGAAUGCAAUCAAUGUGGGAAAUCCUUCAGUCACAAAUCAUCACUCACAGUACAUCACAGGGCUCACACAGGAGAGAAAUCUUGUCGGUGUAAUGAAUGUGGAAAAAUCUUUUACCGUAAAUCAGACCUUGCUAAACAUCAGAGAUCACAUACAGGGGAAAAGCCCUAUGAAUGUAACACAUGCAGGAAAACUUUCUCUCAAAAGUCAAAUCUCAUUGUACAUCAGAGAACACACAUAGGAGAAAAACCUUAUGAAUGAAUUGGAUAUUAGAAAUUUCCAGCCACAAGUCAGCCUCCAUAAUGCCUGAGAGUAUUCACACUGUGGAGAAAGCCCUGUUGACAUCCUGAAUGUUCAGUAACUGUCCACAAACUCACCUAAUGUUACUCCAAAGUAACAGUAGGGGAUAAACCUGUAGACUACAACAACUAUAGGACAACUUUUGUUAGGAAGUGAUAUUCUGUUGAAUAUCAGAUGGUUAAUACUGGCAUAAAACCUCACAGAUUUUUUUGAAUUUGUGAAAGUUUUUGGCAAAAGUACAAAUAGGAUUAUGUUAGAGUUUACACUGAGGAGAAAAUUGUCAAUUUAAGAAAUCUAAAGUGAAAAUUUUGCUUAGAAAUAAAAUAUGACAAGUUCUGUUUUGAGUUUGAUGCCAUAAUAGUUUUUAGGGUACCUAACAAUAAUUUAUAGAUGUACAUUGUGGAAUGUAAAGCUUUAAGAAUUUUUUAAAAAGUAAUAAUUAAAAUAACCUCACAAGAAGUUGUAGUGAGUACAUAGAAUUCCCAUGUACCCUUCACCAAGCUUCCUCUAAGGAUAAUAUAUAAUCAUAGUAUAUGGUCAAGUCCAAGAAAUCGAUGUUACCUUGCUAGUAGAUACAGACUUACUCAGAUUUUGCUAUGGUUUGUGUGCACCGUGUGUGUGUGUGUGUGUGUGUGUGUGGUUAUAUCAAACUUUUACCACUUUUACAUUUGAGUAACCAACAACACAAUUGGUUUACAGAAUGGAAAAGGAGUCUGAGAUCUGUAUUGUAUCAGGAUUACAAAGGAAUCCAGAUUUAGCCUCAAGUAGUUCCCUUGUUGUAUUAAUAACCACACCUUUCUGCAACCCUAUCCCUGGCAUCCACUUGACUAUGAAGCUUUUUGUAAAGCGUAGAUAAAUUGAAUAAUCAGGGCAAUAGCAUUAAACACAUCUGUGAAUUAUCCCUGAAGUUCAUAGGACUUACAUAUGUACAAGUGGUAUGUGAUAUAAAUCGUGUGUUUCAUAUGUGUAAUGGUAUUUAACGUAAUUGUGAAUAGGAAGUAGGUAUCCUAAUUUAGUAGUGGUUACUUCAUCAGGCCCAUCCCAGUUUUUUGUCAUGUCCUGAAACAAUUUAAAAAGAGACCCACUGAGCUAAUGUUUAUCCAUUUAAAAGUUAUAAAUCAAAAUAACAAAUUAUCUAAAAAAAAAAUCUAUCCUGUACGUUUGAAGAUCUAGGCUUGCCUCCGUGUUACUCCCUUUCUCUUCCUACCUAUGGCUCAUCCCAUGCCAUGAAGUGCCUAGGGUACAUAUGUGAACACUCCAGACUUCAGCGUAAGUGAUAGUCCAAAUUUUGUUUAAGCAGCUGCUCUCCAAGACAGGGCCCUGGAAGGAGGCCCACACAUACAGCCCAGUUGCUGCCCAGGGCUGUUGGACUGUCAUUUCAAGGCUCAUUGUACCCAGACAGGGAUCUGGGCCCUCAGAGACUUUUGAGAAUAUGAAGAGGAGGGUUGAGGCUAGAGCGGAGCCAGAAUCAAGCUGGCGUGGGGCUUUUAUUGACAGUGUGAAGAUUGUACACUACAUUACAUGAUCAGAUCGUACAAAUAAUCUAAGAUUAUACAGUCUGGUGACCCUAGAUUACACAAGUAAUCUAAGCUUCCAGUUUAGAAAACUAGAAAAAGAAGAGCAAAUUAAAUCCAAAGUAACCUGGAAAAAAAUUAGAGUAAAAAUCAGUGAAAUUGAAAAGAGAAAAUCAAUAAAACCCAAAACUGUUCUUUGAAAAGGUCAGUAAAAUUGAUAAACCUCUAGCUAGAUUAAGAAAAAACAGAAGACAAAUAUUGCUAAUACCAAAAGUGAAAGAGGCCAUCACAGCUGAUCCUAUGGUCACCAAAAGGAUUAGAAAGAAAUAUGGACAACUCUGUCCAUAAAUUUGAUAACUUAGCUAAAAUGGGCCAAUUCCUUGCAAGAUGCAUUCUCUCAAAGCUCACACAAGGUAGGCCUCAGUAGGCAUAUAUAUCUAUUAAAUAAAUUGAAGCAAUAAUUAAUAACCUUCCAAGACCGGGUGCGGUGGCUCACACCUGUAAUCCAGCACUUUGGGAGGCUGAGGCAGGUGGAUCACGAGGUCAGGAGUUCAAGACCAGCCUGGUCAACAUGGUGAAACCCUGACUCUACUAAAAAUACAAAAAAUUAGCCGGGCAUGGUGGCACGCGUGUAUAGUCCAAGCUACUCAGGAGACUGAGGCAGAAGAUUCGCUUGAACUUGGGAGGUGGAGGUUACAGUGAGCCAAGAUUGUGCCACUGUACUCCAGCCUGGGUGAAAGAGUGAGACUCCAUCUCAAUAAAAAUAAUAAUAAUAAUAAAACCUUCCAAAAAAGUGCCAGGACCACAUGGGUUCACUGAUGUGCAUUUUUCGAGAUACUUAAGGUAGAAAUGAUACCAAGUCUCUAUCAUCUCUUUCAGAAAAUAAAAGCAGGGAUAACACUUCCCAAAUCAUUUUGUGAGGCCAGUAUUACCCUAAUACCAAAACCAAGCAAAGACAUUACAAGAAAGGAAAACUACAGAUCAAUAUUUCCAUUGAACACAGAUGCAGAAAUCCCCAAAAUAUUAACAAAUCAGGAAUGCAAGCCUUGUUCAACAUUUGAUAUUCAGUGCAAUCCAUUGCAUGCACUAGCAGCUCAAAGAUUAAAUAUGAUCAUAUCAAUAGGUACAGAAAAAGCAUUUGACAAAAUCCAAUAUCUAUUCGUGAUAAAACCUCUCAACACAGAAGGAAUACAGGAGAAUUUACUCAGUUUGAUAAAGAACUACUACAAAAAACCCUACAGCUAACAUCAUCCUUGAUGUUUCCAACUAGAUGCUUUCCUACUAAGAUCAGGAACAUGGCAAGGAACACCACUGCUUUUCAGCAUUGUACUGGAAGUACUAUCUAAUGCAGUGAUACAAAACAAAAAAAAAGGAAAUAAAAUGCACAUAAAUUUGGAAGGAAGAAAUACAACUGUUUUUGUUCUCAAAUAACAUGAUUGUCUUUGUAGAGAAUUCUAAAUAAACAACAAAAACCUGCUGAUAUUAAUAAGCAAUUAUAGCAGGGUUGCAGAAUAUAGUCCUCAGGUAUAUGAUAAAAAAGAAUUACACAUCAAGUCAUUAAAAGACAUAUAGGAACCCUAAAUGCUUAUCGUUAAGUGAAAACCAAUCUGAAAAGGCUUUCUGUGUUGUAUGAUUGCAAUUAUAUGACAUUCUGGGAGAGUCAAAACUAUCGAGCCAGUCAAAGGACCAGUGGUUGCUGAGAGUUGAGGGGAAAGGAGGGAUGGCAGGUAGAGAGGUGAUUUUUAGGGCAGUGAAAGUACUCUCUAGGGUACUGUAAUUUGUCAAAAUGCAGAGAAUGGAAAACAGUGAAUGGAAAACACAGAGUAAACCCUAAUGACAACUCUGGACUUCAGUUAAUAAUAAUGUACCACUAUUGGUUCAUCAAUUGUAACAAAUGAACCAUAAUGAUGCAAGAUGUUAAUAAUUGGGGAGCCUGUGGAGGAUGGGAGGGGUAAAGGUUAAUAUGAGAAUUCUCUGUACUUUUUGCUCAAUUUUUCUGUAACCCUAAAGCACUCUGAAAAAUGAAGUGUAUUAAGUAAAUAAAUAAGUAAAUAACCAACCAA